AUGGCCGAGAGGCCUGGCAGCGGCAGAAUCCGUAACAAGAAGGGGAAAUUAACUCUCCCUUUCGCUCCACUGAACCCCACAGCUUUCCCCAAUCCUGCGUCAACAGCCGUCAACGACACAUGUCGUCCUCGCAGUGUGAGCAUGCCUUCACCAGCAGCGCAGACUCAGUCAGUACAGGCUUCUCUCCUAUAUCUGUGGCCCGAUCGUGUUGCUAUGGUGAUGUCAAUCAUGUUGGCUCCUCCUCCUCUGAUCUUUCUCCUCAUGAUUCACAUUUAUAGUGCUGGUGAUGGGUGGGGUGUGAAUUACAGCUCUUCAUAUAUCUGUGCACUAAAGGGUUCAACAGUGAUAAUAAACUGCACUUAUAAAUACCCUACUGGACAUCAGAUCAGUAACACAUCCUGGACAAAGAUUAACAGUGAAAAUCCUCCAGAUCUGUCUAAGGACUCUGAAUACAGUCAGAGGAUUCAGUAUCUGGGAGAUAAACAUCACGACUGCACCAUGAGACUGAAUGAUGUGAGACAGACAGAUUCACACGAAUACUAUUUCAAAUUCACUACUCAGAUAGAAAAAGGCAAAUGGAUUGGUGUUCCUGGAGUGACUCUUGAUAUCACAGAUCUUCAGGUGGAGUCUUCAGGUGAGAGAGUGACAGAGGGACAUUCAGUGACUCUUACAUGUAAAAGCAGAUGCAGUCUGACUGAUAGAUCAACAUUCAUCUGGUUUAAAAACACACAGUUAUUAAGUGAGAGAUCAGACAGAAACAAUCAACUCAUCCUGCAGUCAGUAAGAAGAGAGGAUUCAGGCAACUAUAGCUGUGCUGUACAGGGACACAAACUCACAUCACCUCAUCAAUAUCUCAAUGUCAUCUAUCCUCCAGAAGAGACUCGUGUGCUGGUGAAUCCAUCUGGUGAAAUAAUGGAGGGUGAUUCAGUGAAUCUGACCUGCAGCAGUGAAUCAAAUCCACCUGUUCAGAUCUACAGCUGGUUUAAGGUGAAUGAAACAUCAUCUGUUGGAUCUGGACAGACGUACAGCAUCACUAACAUUAACUCCAGUCACAGUGGAUGGUUUUACUGUGAGGCUCAGAAUGAAGUCGGAUCUCAAAGAUCUGAUGCGGUUUCAGUCAAUGUUAAAGGAGGAAAAGACUCAGUCCUGUAUGUGGUUGCUGGAGUCUCAGCUGGAUGUGGAGUUUUCAUUUUCAUUCUCUUCAUUGUGUUUGUGUGGAAGUGCAAACACAGAACUGAUGACAUCAGACAAACUCAGGAUAAUAUGUAUUCAUCAGGAGUCUUUGCUCCUAAAUUCAUUCAUGCUGAGGAGAUCCUGUAUUCAACUGUCCAGUACAUCAUAGACACAAAGACUGAAAACAAAGAGAUGUUGCUGGAGAGGUGA